UUUCCCCCCUUCAACACCAUUAUAGGGUUUAGGGUUCUGUUCUGUCCAUCAAGAUUUCUUUACAUUUCUUUGAAAUUAAUACUAAUAUUCAGGCGUGAAGAUGCAGCAACAACAUCAACAGACACCGCAACCCCCCACCUUAAACUCAGGCACUUCCUUUUCUCCAAAUGCAAUCACCACCGAACAGAUUCAAAAGUGUCUCGACGACAACAAAAAUUUGAUCCUGGCGAUAUUGGAAAAUCAAAAUCUUGGCAAAUUCCAGGAGUGUGCUCAGUACCAAGCCAUUCUACAAAAGAACCUAAUGUAUCUGGCUGCAAUUGCUGAUGCUCAACCACCAACAACGCAGUCGCAGCCAUCAAUUCCUUCUCAAAUGCCACCAAAUUCUAUGCCUCAACAGGCAAACAGUUUCAUGCAGCAACACCAGCAGCCUGCAACUCCUCAACAAGGUGGUGGUUCCGUUGUUCCAAAACUGCCAUUUCAGCUUAAUGCCCUGCGAACUCAAGAUCAGCAGCAGCAGUUGCUCCAAUUCCAGCAGCAACAGCUUCAGGCACAGAUGGGGCUCAGGCCGAAUGGGAUGCUUGGCAUGCAUCAAGCAAUGCAAUCUGCAAUGGCGGGAAAUCCUGGUGCUUUGAUGGAUGGGCGAGGAGGAAUGAAGCAAGAUGGAUCGGAGGCAGCUUCUGGUGGUGAUGGUCAGGGGAAGUCGCGUGGUGGUAGGGAUUCGUGAGAUCGGGGUUCUUGAUCAGUUGUGAUGGUACUCUUUGGUUUGGUGGAUGACGUAAAAAGAAAAAUGACAUCUUUUUGUGUUUCUUGGUCAGUUGUAUCUUGGCUGCUUGCAGCUUGUUGCAUGUAUCUUUCCAUCAAUCAGAAGAAGUGACCUUAUAAAUAACCACCUUUGUAAACAGGUAUUAUCAGCUUCUCCUCUAUGAGACCAUGUUCCAUUUAGGUUACAUACAAGUUUUAAAGGAACUGUUCAAAGUGUCA